UUUUCGAAGGAAUAGAUUAGUUCAUUUGCAUGAAAUGAUGUCUGUGAAUAAUAUUUCGGAGAGAAACGUUUCUUGGUGCAACAGAAAGCGUGCAGAAAACGCAUCGAAAUUGACCAAGGGUCAUUCGUUGGUCGACGAUGUUGAGGACAAAACAGAAAAUUCUUCAGAAUCCAUUGAAAUGGUUGAAUCCCAAAAUAAUUUAUUUGUCGAGGAAGAAGUGGUUGAGGAAAUUGUGAUAGAGGAGGAUGAGAGAAGAGAAAAUCUUACGGCUGAUGAAUCUCCAAAGUCCUCACCCCGAAUGCCAGAACUAGUCAAACGAAAAAGCAGCGAAGAAACCCGGAAUGGUUCACUGUCUGAAGAUGAACAUUUGAAUCAUGUGUCUUGUAACUCUGAGAAUAUCUUCAAGAAAUACUUUUCAAGAUGCUUCGCGUGUCACUUGCACGUCACGAGAGCAGCACUAGGAAAAUUUUGCGUUCGUCUUGGAGCGAAACCGCGCCAAUUUUGUGGCAUCGUGUGUCUCGAUAAUUUUAAGCGGGAACAUUUGACUACGUGUGCUCAUUGCCAAUUGGAUUUGAAAGAUCCUUCUGCGAAACCGAUUCGAAGUGACGCAACCAAUUCGACCUAUUGCAGCAUGGGUUGCAAGGAAACUGUGGAAGGCUCGUCUUCAAUCUCAGGAAAAUGCCCCUUGUGUCAGAAAAACAUGGCUGAGCCGUUAACGCUGUUGCUGAAUGAUACCGAAAGGAAAUUUUGUUCUGAGAAAUGCAUGCAGGCUUUCGUCGUAAAUGGACCCCUUGAGACUUGUUUGGUGUGCGGAAGAUGCGCCGAGGAAAAUCGUAACAUGAUAACUUUCAGUAUCGAAGGCAAGAACGUGAAUUUCUGCUCCAAGCAAUGCAGUAAUCUUCACGUUCUGAACUCAAACACGAUUGUUCCUUGUGCCGUUUGCAAGGUUUCGAAAUACAGUUUUGAUAUGAUCCGAUGCCAAGACAUGCACGGAGUGCAGCGGUAUUUUUGUAAUUUGCCGGACCGACUUGUGUUCACUCGUGUUUUGUUAAAACGGGAACUGCUGGAGAAGCAGGGCAAUUCCAAGCCAGUCAUGCUCACUCCGCCUACCAAAAGCCACCCCUACGCCAAAGGUGCUCCCAAGCAGUAUCGGAGAGCGUCGCACGUGCCAAAUAAUUCGAAACGUUCUGUUCCGGUUUUCAAACGUCCGUUGCUUCUUAUCGAAGAUAUCGCCUUCAAUCCAAAAUAUUCUGAGGAAGUUAAGCGAAUGAAAUCGGAGUUGAAGAGGGAAACUGAAAGAAGGAAGCCGCGUGGACGUAUUGUAUUGAGUGAUUCGGAACUCGAAGAACCUUUCGACACCGUGGACGAACUGAUCGACAUGGAUCUAAAUCCAGACCCAUUUCCCAAGUUCUCAACGAUGGAAAUGCAUUCGGUCAUGAAUACGAAGCCGAAUGUCUUCCAAGGAACGCAUGAUGCGUCAAAGCCCAUGUUCAUGAGUGGGUUGCAGGGUCCAACUUUUUCUCUCUCGCCUCAGCAAACAAUCCUGCUUCCUUCUACGUUGAUUGCUGCGCCAGCAGUUGCGAAUUUAAGCCCUGGUCUGUCUCCGAGAUUAGUUGGUCCACAGUCUGUGAAUCCCAAUGAGGCAGACCCGAAAUUUGGGUUCGCUUCGUCACCUUCGAGUCAAAACGUUACCCCUCCCCCGAGAAUGAUGCUGGUGAAUGCGAAGACGGUUGCUGGGAACUCUGCUCCCGUUUUUGCUCCAAUUAUGAUCCCAACUGGGCAAAUCUUUCCGCCCACCGGGAAAUCUGACGGACAAUCAAAUGUUUUACCAGCGGUCAUCAUGAAAGACAAACCAAUUUUUGUGGUGAAAGAAAAGCCGAUCAUUAUUCCGGUCCCGGUUCCAGUUUACGUCCCUACUCCUAUGGCGAUGUACAACGUCCCGUAUCCGGUCCCCAUUCCGAUACCAUUUCCGGUACCAGUUCCAUUAAUUCUUCCGGAAACGUUGUUUUCUGGAAAAGGGAAGCCGACCUCCUCGGGGCAUUCAAAAAUGAACAGUCCGAAGAAGAUGACGCGAGCGAAGGAGAGCGAUGCAGAAGGAGACCCAUUGCAAGAGGAAAUCUUGCAAAUGGCGGAGGCAGUGGAAGAAUAUGCGAAGCAGGAUGAAAUGUUUGAUAACGACUUGAUGGAAGUGAUUGAUUACGACGGUGAUGUCAUGGUAGAGGUUGAGGCGGAAGAAGAGGUCAUUGAGACAUCGGAAUACAAUGGUGAAGAUAUUCUCCAAGCUGCCUUGAGUACUUUGGGCGACGUCGCCGACUGUAUGGGAAUCGAUGACGUAUCUGCCAUUGGAGGACAAGCCGUUGUUGAGAACAGGAGCCCGAAAAAGCAAAUUCUCGAAGUUGUGACGAUGGCCGCUGAAGAUAACAAGAGGUCGACUGCGAGAGGCGCUGAGAACAAGAGGAUCAUCAAGAGUUACAAGAAAAAAUCGGAAGCCGUCCAGCCGAGAAAAGUCGCCAGGGAAACAACUGAGUAUGUGACGCAAGCUUUACCUGUUCCGCCGGAAGCUAGGUCUGAUGCUGAUUGGUGCCUCAAGUAUACAUUCGGUUUGCGAGCAUGGAAAAUGUUCGUGAACCAAACGAAUGCUGCCUUGAAGAAACAGCUAGCUACCCGUCCGGAUUCCAAGGUGAUAUUUUUGAAAAGCGAAUUGCUGGAAUGUACAUUGCCGGAGUUGUGUUACGGGCUGAGCAAAUUUGUGUCGGAAGUCAAGAAGACGGACGGAUCUCGUUAUUCUCCCGACCUCGUGUAUUACUUGUGUCUGGGGAUUCAAGCCUAUUUGUUCGAGAACGGACGAACUGAGAACAUUUUCAGUGACAUCUUGUUCUCGCCCUUCACGGACGCGUUGGAUGAGCUUAUGCGCAGCUUUUCCUCUGCGUCCAUGCUCGAUUCUAUGGGUUAUGUCAUGACACAUCUGGAGGAAGAACAUUUGUGGGAGUCCCAACAACUUGGAGCUCAUUCGCCGCAUACGCUGUUGAAUUCCCUCAUGUACUUCGCAACAAAGUAUUUUUUGUUGAAGACACCAGAGAUGCAUCAGCGGUUUACUUUCUUGCAAGUCCUAAAAAACUGGGCCAAUGGAAAUUUCCGGUCCAAGGAUAAUUCAGAGCUUACCCUCAAAUAUCAUCCACAAGGUUCAGGUCAAGUCUGGAAAAGCGAAUCGAAGUAUUACGAGAUGCCCGCGAACCUGGAGGACAGGAGCAGAUGUCCAAUUCAACUGUACGAUUUUCCAAAGAGCGUGAGGGGACAUAACUCGUGCUUCUAUCUGGUCCCUGAACGGAACUGCGUUGCGGAAUCGCCUGUAUGGUUUUCAACUCAAUCUUUGAGCAUAGAAAUCAUCAGGAAGAUGCUCAAUAGGAUCGUCGUCGUGCGAGAAAUUCAAGACGCGAUUCUCAAUGAUGAAUAAAACUUGGCGCUUGCGAAUGAACAAUUGUCUUAUUUUGUUCUGUCAAAGUGGUGGAUAUAUGCGUUCGAGUGUCAUUGGAGAUUUUUGAAUGUCGCGGGUCUCAACAUUGUUAUGAUUUUUAUAAAUUGAAUUGUUGCGAAUUGUCUGAUUUUUCGGAAUAUAAUUCUUCGAUUUUGUGCGAAA